GCCCGUCCGCUGGCGCUGGGGAAAACGUUGCGCAGGUUCAAAAAUGGAACGUCGGCGGCGUGAGGGAGCGCUCGGGGGUGUGCGCGCGUGCGCGUGCGUGUCCGGCACAGCCUGACGGGGUCCCCGCCGACCCGAGCAUCGCGCGCAGCGGCAGCGGCCGCGGCCCCGCAGCUCCACCCCCGGACCCGGCCCGGCCCCCGGCCCAUCGCCCGCCGCCCCGCAUGGAGCUGUCAGCCAUAGGCGAGCAGGUGUUUGCGGUGGAGAGCAUCCGGAAGAAGCGCGUGCGGAAGGGCAAAGUCGAGUAUCUGGUGAAAUGGAAAGGAUGGCCCCCCAAGUACAGCACAUGGGAGCCAGAGGAGCAUAUCCUGGAUCCCCGCCUUGUCAUGGCCUACGAGGAGAAGGAGGAGCGAGACCGAGCAUCAGGGUAUAGGAAGAGAGGUCCGAAACCCAAACGGCUUCUGCAGCAGCGGCUGUACUGCAUGGACUCCCACAAAGCCAAGGGCAAGGAGGAGCUCUGCUUCUCUUUGACACGCCCACUCGGCAGUGGGAGCCCCGAGGGGGUGGUCAAGGCGGGGGCAGCUGAGCUGGUGGACAAGGGCCCCUUGGUGCCUACCCUGCCCUUCCGGCUCCGUGAGCCACUCAAGGCCCACAAGUACCUGCGGCUCUCACUCAAGAAGUUCCCGCCACGCAGCGGGCCCCACCUGGAGAGUCACAGCCAUCCACGGGAGCUCUCCCUGCAGGAGCCACCAGCCCCAGAUGCCCUGCAGGCCUCCGGCGCCUGGGAGCCUAUGGAACAACCCCCUGAGGAGGAAGAGGAGGAGGAGGAGGAGGAGGCAGAAGCAGACCAGGCCAGUGGGCCCCCUCCCUGGACACCCACACUCCCCUCAAGUGAAGUGACCGUUACUGACAUCACCGCCAACUCCGUCACUGUCACCUUCCGUGAGGCUCAGGCCGCCGAGGGCUUCUUCCGAGACCGAAGUGGGAAGCUGUAAACAGCGGCUUCCCCUCUUAAACUGUGUCCCUUGGGGCUUGGGGGAGGAAUUCCAGAGACAGGAGUGGCUGGGAGCAGGGCAAAUAUUUUAUUGCAUGGGGAAGACCCCACCCCCUGCCCUUGCCCCGUGAGGUUGUUUACAGAGGGGCCUCUGGGACAGGGAGGGAAGGCAGUGUUGCCUGGGUCUCAGCUCCAGGGCAGAUGGGGAUGGGCUCCCCUGCCCAGUGCACCUCUGUCAUUAUCUUGCAGAGGCAGAUCCUAGGAGUCUCGGAGCCCAGGAGGUCCAGAUCUUGCCUUGAGCAUCACCCCAGCGCUCUGGUGGGGUCCUCUCCCUGUUCCUUAGCUUGGGUCUUGACUAUGAACUUUCUACUUCAGCUUUGUGGUGGGACAUGGAGGCUGGCUUUGGCCAUCAGGGACAGGAUCAGGACAGAGGGUGUGGCCUGGACCAGAGAAGAGGCUGCCUACUAAGCCUGCUCUGAACAUGCUGUCCCCUCCAUCACUGACCUGUGGAGACGCCCGUGAACACAUCGAGCCACCCCAGUGUGGACACACUGCGUGUGUGUUCCCCUGCCCACAUGGACCUUGCACACCUUUAGAGACUGACCAGGUGAACGUGGAGUAAUUCACAGCACAAAUGACCUUGCCACAGCAACUUCUCUCCACCUUGCACAUCUGCCAUGUGACAAGAUCGGUCUGUGUGGCACAAUCAGACAGCUGGGGCCCAGCCUGGGCCUGGUGGCAUGUGAUCUCCAGCCGCCAUAGGACCAGGCUUGAGGUGUGCAAGGUGUAAACACUUCUACCCAGUACCGACCGCAGACACUUGGCCCUCCCUCCCCUUCUCCCACAGGAGUUCAUCUUCUUUCUGACUCAGGUGACUUCAGCCCUUCCAGCGCCCCUCCCCCCUUCCCUGCCCUCUCCUGCAGCUGAGCUGAUCUGGGUAUCCAUGGAUGCCAGCGGGUGUGGGGCAGUCAUGGAGGGGGGUGUCCCCUCUCUUUCUCAGGGCAGUCCUUGUCUUCUGUGUUCCCUCCCCACCCACCCGAAUGACACAGCUAAGGGUGCCCCUCAUACCUGCUGGGGAUUGAACUCUGAUAUAUGUUGAGUCAGGCUGCACUGAAACCUAUGUUCCUGGUGAGGGGAAGUUUGCUAGUUUGCACAGGUGCCCUCUAGGCUAAUACCUUCUUACCGGAUGAGGGACAGCUCCCUUGUCAAGGUCGCAUUGCUCUCUCACCCCCUGCUACCACAGGCAUCUGUGUGGCUGGGUCCCAUCACUCCCCAAUUCUGUUUUUAGGAGGCCAGCAGAGUUUGCAUGAGCAAGGGUAAGGUGGCUCCUAGACUCUCCCAUUCCCAAACCAAAGAGCCUGUACCCUGUGUCUUUCUGGGAUUUGUCCUCAAGCUUCUCAAGUCCCUGGUCUCUUCCUCCUCCUUAAUUCUCAGUAGUCCAGGGUUAACUCAGUGCUUCCAUUGGGGGCAGUCUCCUGAAUCUAGGGAAUGUUGGGGUAGGGUAGGGUAGGGCAGGGCAGGGAGAGUCAGGAGGAGUCCCAGCUCCUGGCAGAGAAGGUGAGGGUGGGUGGCUGAAAGUUUACUUUGCAGUUGGGUUUGCUAGCCCAUGUACUGGGGGCAGCCUCCAGUGGGUGUCAUGCUCCCAUCCCUAGUGGCAUGAGAAUAAAUGCCUGUCCAACUUGGAUCAUGAGGCCGUGGGGGUGGGGAAAAGGGGGCUUUCCGCACAGCUGUCUUCUGCCUUUAGCAGCAGGCAGUGUCCUUGUCUCUCAUGUGACCCUUUAUGACACCUACUAGCUUGGGGAGAUUGUGGCCUAAGCUGGGGAUCCCUGUGGGCAGUCAUGUGGACUGGCUUCCUAGAGAGAAUGGCUGCAGGCUUUGCGAGGUUGCACGGCUUCUCCCAGCCUGAAGCUAAGUGGACAGAACCCCCCUAUACACACUAACCCCCUACAAGGCCAGUACUAGACUGAGGAGUGGUGGCUACCUGCCCAUCCUUCCCUUGGCCCUACCCAUUUGAAUGUAGAGGUUGGGUGAUACUUUUCCUCACUGUGGGUUGGGAUAAAGAUGUACCUCAACCUCUGGUGUGGACACUCGAAGUGCCACAGUUGAGCCCGUUUGGGCUGUGUGUUUAUCAUCUGGUAAGAUGGUGAUCUCAUUGCCAAGUUCCUCCUGCCUCCUGCCCACUGGGGAAGGAGCUCAGUGUCAGUGAGGUGAUAGAGGUUUUUGCUUUAAGUGGCAAGCCAGACCUGGCUGCCAGGUCUCAGCACAAGACCGCUUCCUUUGCACAGAGUGAGCUUCAAGCUUUGCUCAGACUACGUGAAUGUAUCGGGAGGGGUUGGGAGGGGCUCAGGCCUUCCCCUGGGACUUGUGCUGGAGAGAGGCAGCAGGUGCAGAGUGUGGUUUUAUUUUUGUACUGAUGGGUAAGAGACUGUAUAGCAUCUAUUUAUUUAGCUGAUUUAUCUGGUAGAUUAGGUAAAAAUAAAAUACAUUAAGAUCA